CUUUUGUUUCUAGUUACAUUGUUUAUUCGCAUCGUGUUUAUUAUUAUUAUUCUGGAUACACCGUGUUCUGUGCAAAAAAAAUUUGUAAUUAAAUUAUAAAUUUCGCAUUCACGCAUGUUAUGGCAGAUACGUUUUGAUGGUUUUCAUACACAACAACAACAACAACAACAACACAAAUUCUGCUUGGAAUACCCAUGGACAUUCUUUCUCUUCCCAUUCUCAUUGUGUCAAUUAAAUAGCUAAAUACACAAAACAUACAUACACGCGACGUGCAAAUUACUUUAGACUUUUAGUUAAUAUUCAACAAUUUAGUGCAAGGAUCUUUUCAAGACUCAUUAAAAAAAGAGUCGAGGCGAACCGUGUCGUGCAUAGAACAAACUCUAAUAUAUAUAUUUUUUUCGUUUCAAAUUGAACAUUUAUCUAUAUAUUUGACCAAAAAAAGUCACACAUUCAACGACAAGAAAUCAUUUAUUAGUACAUGUUUUUCUUUAAUAUUUCAAAAUAAAAGCUAAAUCGAAUCGCACAAUCAACAACAACAACUAUAUAUAUACGAAAAGAACCACGUUUCAACUAUUGUUCGUUGUAUUUAUGAAAUUAAACAAAAAGUCGAAGUGAAAAAAGAGACAGAAAAACUCGAACACCGACCGAAUUAUUGUUUUAAAAAAUUAAUUUGUUUGAUAUUGGAAAUAUUAAUUUUGUUCAGAAACAGAGUCAAUAUGUGCGCAUUUACCUAUUCUGAAUUCAUGUGAAACAUAUAUGCUCACCAAGUGAAUGAAUGUCUAAAACAAAAACAAUUUUUUGUUUCGUGUGUGAGUUGCGAACGCAUUACAAUGGAGUAUUAAUUUGAUGCUGCGAUAAAAUUGGAUUUUAAAAAUUAAUGUGUAACAAAGAGUUCGGAACGUUUUCGAAUAUUGAGCCCAUUAUAAACGCAUAACAACCGGCAGUGCCCGUCACGAUAAUACAGCAAUAACAACAACAAAACCACAUCAGCUCAAGCAGCAAUGUGAAUUGAGUUUAUCUCUCUCUUGCUCACUCCCUCUCUCUCACACACACACACACACACACACACUGUCUCUCUUUCAUUUUCUCGGUCGGCCACUCACUUCCGCAGAAAAAUACCGAUAAAUUACCGACGACGACAAACAACAAACGAACAGAGAGAGAGCUGGUGAAUCAAACGACAAAUUGAAUUCCAGUGGCAUUAGCUCGAGCCAAAAACACUUUGCUUGUGAAUAGGCGCGCAUUUAAAUGUACACACACACAUACACACAUACAAGCAAUAAAUUGACAUAACGCAUUAGCGAACAAAAUACACACGAACAAUAAUAUCCAGUUUUCUUUAUGGACACAAGCAAUAGUAAAAGUUGCCUAUUAUUCUUCGCAUCCCACAGUCAUAGAAUUUUAAUUCUAUGUGAAUCCCGGUCUUAAACGAAAUAUACGCCGAAUAGUUCAAAAAGAAAAUCAAAUCCGGAUCUGAAUAUCAAUCUCACUGCCAACGUAAAAAAUCGAAAGGGAAAAUAAAUCAAACUAAAACAACAACAAUCAUAAGCAGCCGCUAUACGAAGAAGAAUUGUUGCCUUACUUACCAUCGAUUUCAUAUGGAUAGCAUGAACUAAAUAAAUUAUAGUUAGCAACAUUGUAAACAUCUUUUGGGGAGGUGGUGAGAAAGAGAGCGAAAAAACCACACUCACUCACAACACAACAUAAAGAAAAAUCGAAUAUCGAUUUUUAAUUCGCCCUUUGAUGAAUCUAUUAUAACUUUUCUGGAGCGCGUGAACCGACACAUCAACACAUUGUGUUAAGCCUGGUUAUAUUUUAUGAUUGCUUCUUUUCUUUUUGUUUUCAAAUUCAAUUUUGUGCGCUCAUCAUCUUCAAAUACAAAACAAAUACUCUGAAAUGCAAAUAGUGUGCGAUUCAUUUCAGCGAUAAACAUUUAUUACUUCAAAUCCUGUUUGAGUCGAAUCUAAAUCGACCGAUAACAUUGUGACGAAAUUCAUUUAUAAAUAAAGUCUUUUGUAAUUGCCAUCGCGUAUCUUAAGUUAUAAAAAAAAAUAAAAGCAUCAUAUACUGCCAUUUGAACGGAAAGCAUAAGGAACCCAUUAUCCUGAUCAAAAAAAAUUCCAUUGUUGCUGCAUUUGUGAGACGCUUGAAACUCAACCAGAAAACAAUAACUAUUCAUCACACAUCGAAAGACACGUCAGAGUAAUAUCAAUAACCACAAAACCCUACCCAUCAAAAAAAUAAACAAACAAAUCCAUUCAAAAUUGCUCUCAACACAGAAGAAAACCCACCAAAACGCAAAGCAAUGAACGGCUUAAGCUUGAGUGAGCUAUGCUGUCUGUUUUGCUGUCCACCAUGUCCGGGUCGAAUAGCCUCAAAAUUGGCAUUUCUACCGCCCGAAUGCUCGUAUGAAUUGAAAGCAGAUGAAGUGAGCUCAACAAAAUUCUCAAUGACAUUACUGGAUCGGGCCGAUUGGCAAUACAGCGAUCGUGAAAAAGAAUGUUUCGAAGCAUUUUAUACACGAUCAUCAAGGGGAAAUCGCAUCGCUUGCCUAUUCGUACGAUGCAGUGCAAAUGCCAGAUUCACGCUACUCUUUUCACAUGGGAAUGCCGUUGAUUUGGGCCAAAUGACAAGCUUUUUCGUAGGUUUAGGUCAACGCAUAAAUUGCAAUAUAUUUAGUUAUGAUUAUUCGGGCUAUGGAAUGAGCACUGGCAAACCAACCGAAAAGAAUUUAUAUGCUGAUAUUGAUGCCGCAUGGCAUGCAUUACGCACUCGUUACGGCAUCAGUCCCGAAAAUAUCAUUUUGUACGGUCAAAGUAUAGGUACUGUGCCAACAGUUGAUUUAGCAAGCAGAUACGAAGUUGGAGCUGUAAUACUUCAUUCACCGUUGAUGUCUGGUAUGCGUGUCGCAUUUCCAGCAACACGACGAACGUGGUUCUUUGAUGCAUUCCCUAGUAUUGAUAAGGUACCGAAGGUGACAUCACCUGUACUAGUGAUUCAUGGGACAGAGGAUGAGGUCAUUGAUUUCUCGCACGGUCUCACGAUCUACGAAAAAUGUCCACGUGCUGUUGAACCACUUUGGGUUGAGGGCGCUGGACACAAUGACGUUGAAAUGUACACGCAAUAUUUAGAGAGAUUAAAGCAAUUUGUAUCCGUCGAACUCAUCAACUGACAGCAACUGAACUCUGAUGUUAGCGCUCAAGAUGCUUCAGGCGAUGACAUACUUAACGCUUCGAUUACAAUUAGUUCAACAACCACAAAUAACUCGACUACUGAAAAACUUCUUUAGCAUAAGGGGUCCGGCAUUUGUGCCGACCCACAAUCAGCGA